UCGAGCUUUGCCUAUCGCAACCAAGAGCAAUAAUUUGUUCUCCUUACUCUCUGCGUAAAAAUAUGGCUACAGUGGCAGCCAACUUUCCAAUGCCUGUGACAGCCAAGUGCCAAAAAACGGAAUUGGCAAACAACUACAUUAAGCAAUUCCAGUCUGCCGAAGUCGAUGCUAUACUGAAGCAAGCUGGGGAGACCAAAUUAAUUGUGCCUGGUGGCUGGACUCCAGUGAACCCUGCAGACCCUCACAUUCAAGAGCUCGGAAGAUUUGCAGUGGAUGAGCACAAGAAGCAGACCGGAGACAAGCUGGUGUUUGUGGCAGUGGUUGCCGGCUUAAAGAAACCCGUUGAAUUAGCCACUCUCUACUGGCUCAUAAUUGAAGCUAAGGAUAGCGACGGCAAUCAAAAUAUCUACAAAGCACUGGUUCAAGAAACUGAUUUGGAGAUGAAGAAACUCUUAUACUUCGGGGAAGUGGUGCCGCCCGUGAACUGAGAACAAGGACUGAGGAUUAUGUAUUGUAUUAUCGACUGUGUGCUAAAAUAAGUAUGGAUGUUUCAGAUGUAAUGCUGAGAUGUUGAAAAAGGUGCGUUUCUGCCAGCACAAUGCGUCGAUAUAUUAAAUAAAUAAAGCAUUGU